AUGGAUGAUUUUGGCCAAUAUAUGCAUGAUGCUGAGUUGAUUGGGGUUCCUUUUACUGGGCUUCGGCAGGUUCGGAACCGCAUCCACGGUUUGACUGAUGGAAAUGGUACCCAUAUUACUGACAGUCAGGGUUUAGGGCGUUCGGCGGUGGGUUUUUUUAAGGAUCUUCUUGCUGCCUCUACUCAACCUCAGAUCGCAGAGGCUUCCAGGUAUUUUUUUGGGCGCAUUUCUCCUGAUAUGAUUUCUCCCUUGACUACUCUUAUAACUGAUGAUGAGAUUAGGUUUGCCUUAUUCUCUAUCCCGGAUGAUAAAGCCCCAAGUCCAGAUGGAUACACUUCUUUGUUUUUUAAGCGGGCAUGGGAUAUUAUUAGUAGAGAUUUCAGAGCUACAGUGAGACAUUUUUUUGCUACUAAUGAAAUGCCAAGAUGUGUUAAUGCCACCAAGAUUGCUUUGGUUCCUAAGAAUUAUCAUCCUGGGGAUACUUCACCUCGAUGUGCCUUUAAAGUUGAUAUUAGAAAAGCUUUCGAUAUUGUGAGUUGGGAUUUCAUCCUUUUGGGACUACAUACUGUGGGUUUUCUUGAGCGUAUGGUGAGGUGGAUCAUGACAUGUAUCUCUACACAGUAUUUUUCUAUUGCCCUGAACAGAGAGCUUCACGAUUUUUUUAGGUCCUCCGAGGGUGUUCGAGAGGGGGACCCUCUUUCUCCUUACCAAUUUGUGUUGGCUAUGGAAGGGUUAGCUGAUGCUUCCUCUGUUAGCCUGAUCAAAUCAGCCUUGGAUUAUUUUGCCAAGGUUUCUGGGAGGUCACUACCAGGACGCUCUCUACAUGGCCUACUAUCUCUUGGCUCCCUCUGCUCCAGUGGGCUAGCUUGCAUCUUUGACAGAAAGGUGACUUCAGCCACCUUCUUUCUUGAUGUUUCCUCUGUUAGCCUAAUCAAGUCAGCCUUGGAUUAUUUUGCCAAGGUUUCUGGGUUGGUGACUAAUGCAGAGAAGAACCAGUUGUUUCUUUCUGGAGUUACAGAUGAGAAGCAGAUUGGGUUACAGUCUAUCGCCUCUAUUAGAGCGAAUUCUGUCAUGGAUUAG